CUGGACAAUAGCUUUCCUAAUUAGAUCAAAUAUACUCCCUAAUUGAACUGGAAGUUCCCAAUGCUUUUUUUGGUAGAAAGACAAAGGAAUUAGAAAUGAUUUUGCACACUAUUCUUUCAUUUUCAUUGAUCUUUUUGAUUGUUCUUUUCCUGCUAAGGAAAAUCUUUUCAGAGAAUAAGAGGCCACUUCUUCCGCCAUCUCCAAAGAAGCUUCCAAUCAUAGGCCACCUUCACCACCUACUCAUCGGAAAUUCGCCGCCGCACCACGCCCUCCACCGCCUCUCCGGUCAAUACGCCGGAGGAGGAGGUCUCAUGUACCUCCAGCUCGGCUCUGUUCCGACGCUAGUGGUUUCCUCCGCCGACGCCGCCCGCGAGAUCUUCAGAGACCACGACGUCGUUUUCUCCAGCCGCCCUCCAAUCUACGGCGGAAGAAAAAUGUCCUAUAAUUAUGCCGACGUGUCACUUUCACCGUACGGAGAGUAUUGGCGGCAGGUCCGGAAGGUUCUAGUGGUUCAUCUGCUAAGCGCGAAGAGAGUGCAGGGGUUUGCGGCGGUCCGGGAGGCGGAGGUCGGCCGUAUGAUCGAACGGAUCGUGGAAUCAUGUCAGGGAACGGCGGUGGCGGCGGUGGAUUUGAGCGAGGCGGCGCUGUCGCUGUCGAACAACGUUGUCUGUCGGGUGGGAUUCCAGAAGAAACGUGACGGCGGAGGAGAGGCGAGGUUUCACAGGAUUCUUCACGAGACGCAACAGCUGUUGGGGGAACCGAAUUUGGCGGAUUUCUUCCCGGGGUUGAAUUGGGUCAACAAGGUCAACGGGGUUGACUCCAGGAUAGAGAAGAACUUCAAGGAGUUGGAUAGCUUUUUUAAUGAAGUGUUGGAGGAGCAUUGUAUUAAAAGGAGUGACGAAGAAGAAGAUUUUGUUGACUCUCUGCUGCGAAUUCAGAAGGAAGACUUUCAAACUCUCUCCACCGAAAGUAUAAAAGCUCUUCUUGUAGAUGUAUUUGUAGCAGGAAGCGAUACGUCAGCCUCAACAAUAGUGUGGACAAUGGCGGAGCUCAUAAAAAAUCCUAGUAUCAUGAAAAAAGCUCAAUCAGAAGUGAGACAACUACUCAAGGGAAAGAAAAAAGUCAGCGAGAGUGAUCUUCCAAAUUUGAAAUACUUGAAAUUGGUAGUAAAAGAGUCCUUGAGGUUCCACCCUCCAGUACCGCUGCUAGUACCCCGGGAAACCACAGACAAAUGCACUGUCGGAGGAUACGAUAUUCCGUCAAAGACACGAGUUUUCAU